AUGAUGGAAUCCUAGAAUAUUUUAGUUUCUCAAUCCACUAUGGCCUCUUAGAAGAUUUAUAAUAAUUUAUCACUUUGUGGAUUUAUUCCAUCCUCAUAAAUCAUCGAAAAUAAUCAUUAACAUGUUUAUUUUAACUCCAUAUUACCAAUGAAAUGUUCAGAUUUAAUUCGAUAUAUGAUUUGCUUAAGUUCAUGUAAUAUUAUAUUAAUUAUAGAAUUAAUCGAAAUUCAAUUUAGAAACACUUCUAAUAAAGACAUUAAUAAUAAAGGGAAUCAUAAUAAAGAUAUUUAGAAAAUAUAAAAUCAGAUUGAAGAAAUAAAUUUGAAGUCUUUAAAAACAGAGCCUUUAGAAAAUCAAUCUUAUAUUUUUUUUUUAUAAGAAUCAAAUCAAAAGCAAGAUGUUAUUAUUUAAUUUAAAAACUUACGUAUCUUAUAAUUAAUUUUAGUAAAUUAACUUGGAUUUGAUAGAAAUAUUUAUGAAAAUGCAAAAAAAAUUGAAGAAAUAAAAUACAAUUUAAUUAGAGAAAGCAAUACUAAAUUCAAAUAGUAAAGUAAUUAUUAAAUAGAAAAUUAUUUUAAAUAAUUUAAAAAUUCUUAUAACUAUAUACUAAAUGAAAUAAGAAUAAAUUUUUUAUAACCUUAAAAUUUUAUAAGAUCUCUUUAUGACAAUGAGAUAAACUCUGUUGUAUACUUAAUUACUAAACCUUCUUAUAUAAAUACUUAAGAAAAAGAUAUUGUUAUCAAAAUUUCUGAAAAUUAAAAAUUAGAAAAUAAAAAUCAUUUAAGGGUAAUUUAAAUUUUGGAGUGUUUUCAAGAUGAUUUUAAUUUUAAAUAUUAUGGGUAUUUAUAAUUUGAAUCAUUAACUAUAAUAUUUUAAAAAUAUUACAAGGAAACCUUUGAUUAAUUUUAAUAGAAAUUGAAAUCUUAAAUCAUAAACAAUAGCAAUUAAAAUAAUCUUAAAUCUAUUGUAAAAAGAGCAUUAAUUAUGAUAACCAAACAAAUAAUUAUACUUCACAAUGAUUAUUAAGUCGUACAUAGAGAUCUUAAACCAUAAAAUAUUAUGAUUGAUUCAUAAAAGGAUUUAUAAGAAUGUUUAGAUUAUCAAGAUGCUGAUUAUGUAAUUAUAGAUUAUGAUUGCUCAUUUUUAAUUUAAAAUUAUGAGCCUUCUAUUUUUGAAACAUAUGGAGGAGGAGAGGGCUAUUAUAUUCCACCUGAAUCCAAAUAUUUCAUGUAUAAUGAAAAAUAUGAUAUUUAUUAAUUAGGAGUUAUAUUUUUGGAAACACUUUUUCAAAUUGAUGAUAAAAUAUUAUAAGAUGGCUUUUACCAUCAUAGAAAUUAAUUAUAUAAGGCAAAAUGCUUAUUUGAAAUUACUGAAAACCUUUAAAAAAAUCUUGUUAAUAUGGUAUCAGAAAAUCCUGAUGAAAGACCAAAUUUGGAAGUAAUCUACUAAUUAUUAGAAAAUGGAAUAUGA